AUGCGGACUUUUUUGGUUUUGUGCGCUACUCUUGCCUUAAGUACGGCCAGUAACUACCACCAUGGUGGUGCUCUUUACCAAUCUGGAGGAAUUGGUCAUGUCUCUGGAGGAUCAUUGCAGGAACAUUACGUUCAAGGAGGACACUUUGGAGGUGGAUUAAAUAAUGGUGCAAACAAUGGUCACGGUGUACAGUUGGAGCAUGGAGCGCAAUUAGGACAAGUCCAUGGCGCCGCUGUUGCUGGUAUUCAAGCACAAUUGGGACAAGCCGGUUUCGGUGGACUUCAUUCUCAAGCUGGACAAUCAACUGGUGCCGGUUUAGGUACUCAAGUUUCUUUUGGAAAUCACCAAUUUGGUGCUCACCAAACUACCGAGAAGAAGAUUGUGACUGUCGUCAACGAAGUACCGGUUCACAUUCCGCAACCGUACCCAGUUACCGUGACAAAAAAUGUCCAAGUUGGAGUACCACAACCUUACCCAGUUCAUAUUCCAAAACCAUACCCAGUUCCAGUAAAAGUUCAUGUUCCAGUGCAUGUAGCUAAACCGUAUCCAGUAAAAAUUAUCCAGCAAGUCCCAGUCAAGGUUCCAGUUUACAUAAGGGUACCACAUCCAGUGAGAGUUGAAGUUCCAGUGGAAAAACCAUACCCGGUUCAAGUGAUCAAACACGUUCCUGUUGAGGUGCCAACUCCAGUUUACGUUAAAGUUGCAGUUCCAAUUCACACUCACACACAUCAAAUUCAAACCAACUACGCUCCAUCGGCAGUAUCUUCAGUUAACACAAACUACGCUCCAUCGGCAGUAUCUUCAGUUAACACAAACUACUCACCAGCUGUAUCUUCAAUCAACACCAAUUACCAAGCACCAUCAGCUAUCAAUACCCAAUACCAAGGAUCAAUCUCUUCUGGAUUCUCCUCAGGACUGAAUUCCGAAACUUACCAAUCCAGGGCUAAUGCUGACUCUCAGUCAAUUCAUACCAGCGCUCAAUCCGGCGAAGGGCUCAUUGACAUCAGAGGUGGAUUUGAGCACUCCGAAUACGACGAUGGCAAUCAUGAUUCUAACUUGUAA